AUGGCGAAGCACCAGGGCAGCUACGACCUCAAUCUUGAUGCCAGCUUCCUCAAGGACCCCCUUUUGAUCAAAAGAUACACGUAUCAUGGAGAAGAGCAAUUCUUUGGCAUCUUCGAACCCAAAUUCACUCACUUAGAAGCAUCCACUAAAACAAGCGAAUUCCUCCUCUUCCACGCAAGUAAAGAGACCAUCGAAACCAUUUUAAAAUCCUGA